AUGAAUAUUGAUUCUCCCGCUCCUCAACCCAAAAGUAACAAUGAUGGCGUUACACCAAAUGCAUAUGCUGCGAGCGCACAGACAUCUGCCAACAACACGCAAACAUUGACAUCAUCCAAUGCAGCUGAAUCAACUCUGAAUGGACAAGAGCUGAUCAAGCAAUUUAUGCCUGGUGACAGUAUGAAGGAGCCUCUCAUUCAAGAACGACCAGAUCUGGAAGAUGGCAGAGAUGGCAAAAAGCUCAGAAUGGAGCAGGAACAGUGCGCCUAUCUCACCAGGCGCUUCACCAGAGGCAGCGCAGCCAGCAAAUUCAACACUGACACCGACAAGGACGGCAAAGGAGCUUCAGACAACUCCCAAGGGCAGGAAACACCAGAAACUGCUCAGUCUAACCCUCAACACUUAGAAUAA